UGUUAAUUCACGGCGGAAUAGAUUUCUCCGGCGAACAGAGGUUGAAGAAAAAUGGAGGCAGCUUUGGGACUUCUGAGGAGAAUGCCGCCGAAGCAGUCGGAGACGGCUCUCUCUGCACUUCUAAGCCUCAUUCCUCAGCAUUCUUCUGAUCUUCUCUCUCAAGUCGAUCUCCCUCUUCAGGUGUUACGUGAUAUUGAAAGUGGGAAAGAUUUCAUCUUGUGUGAGUACAAUAGAGAUGCAGAUUCCUACAGGUUUUGCAUACUUAAAAAUGUUGGAUGGUUUUGGUUGGUGCUCGGAAAGUGGGAUCUGGUGAAAAGAAAUAAGUCACCUUGGUCAAAUAAAUACCUUCCUCCACUAGAUGAUGCUCUUUACCCAUCGUCAGAAUUGAGAAAGCUCGAAGUUGAAGCUAACGAUAUCUUUGCAAUCUAUCGUGACCAGUAUUAUGAAGGUGGUAUAUCUUCAGUCUACAUGUGGGAGGAUGAUAAUGAAGGCUUUGUGGCAUGUUUCCUUAUUAAGAAAGAUGGGUCAAAGUCAGGUCAUGGUCGGAGGGGAUGCCUGGAGGAAGGAGCAUGGGAUGCCAUACAUGUUAUACAGGUUGGUCCAGAGGAGGAAGAAAUGGCACAGUAUUGCUUAACAAGUACUAUCAUGCUCUCUCUAGCCACAGAUGAUGAGUCCUCAGGCAAAUUUGGCUUAUCUGGAUCAAUUAGAAGACAAAUGAAAAUGGAGCUAGCAGUAGCUGAGGGACAUCUGUGCAAUAUGGGGAGAAUGAUUGAAGAAUUGGAAGGCAAACUGAGAAACUCACUUGAUCAGGUUUACUUUGGGAAGACAAGAGAAAUGGUUUGCACAUUGCGUCCACCAGCUGAGAUAGUACAGAUGAGAUUACCUGACACCUGAUGCUCUCCUCCCGUCACUUUAUAUUAGAACAUCUCAUAUCUUCGAUUGUUUUGUUAUGUUUGAUUAUUCUGAUUUCAAACGCUUCCCCCUAGUGUUAUGUGUGUAUGCCUCUUACUUGGUAGUGUUUUCUCUGACUUCAUCAUCAAUCAUGUAUAACCAUCUUUUUCCAUAGAUAUGCAACAAUGAUACGUUUUUUUAAGGUA